AUGAAGGUGAGUGCAGCACAAACUUCAGGAGCCUCGCAGACGGUGACCUCUGUUCGGGCCGCAUGCGGACUUCCUUGGGCGCCCGGGCAAUUGCCCCAGGCGCCCCAGAUGCUGCAUGGAGUCCAUUCGUUCGUCCCAGUGGUGAUGCGCGCUGUUGUUCCUCGUCGCGUGGAGCCUGUGGUGAUGGAGCCCGUGGUGGUGGUUCAGCGUCAGUUUUCUGCGCCUUGCCUGGUGCGCAAAGCCUCACUGACGGCACCAGCCGCCCCUCCAGGACAGGGACAUGGGUUCGUGCAACCCGAAGGAGCUGCCACACGAGCCAAGGUGGAGGCAGUUUGUGUUCCUGCAGAGCCACUGCCCACCUGGGCUGCCCCAGCAACUCCUCCGCAGCCGCAGGGAUUGCGCGUGAGCCCUUCAUACGAGAAGCCGGAGAAUGACAGCGAGACCGGCAUCCCUGACGGGAGCGAAAGGAACGGCCUUGCCUCCGAGUCCCAGGACGAGGAGGCCGUGGAGGCCGUGGCCGUGUCCGAGAAGGACUUCAGCCGGAUGCGUGCCAAACUGGAAGCAACCCGGAAUGAACUCGUGGAGAAGAUGGCGGAGCUCAUGAAGCUCGAGGCGAAUCUCUCCGUGGCGCUUGGUGAAAAGCCAACCGCCUGGAGCUGCCUCCCGUCCUCGGAACCGGCGGAACCGGCGGAACCGGCGGAAGCUUCGGACGCGGCGAUGCACGCGACAUCUCUGAGUGCUCAGUCAUCUAUCGAGAUGCAGGACCGCGCAAUCGGUGUCGUUGCAGAGGAGUACGAGUGUGAAAGCUCUGUGGCAAGCUUCCAAGCACCCGAAAAAGGCUGCAACACCAGAGCUGUCGGAACUACGACCGAUGACCUCAUGGCCACAGCAUCUGACGAUAAUGUCAAGGAUUUGAAUACUAGUCAGACGGACAAGAAGGACGCAAGCAGAAGCGACACUGCCCGGAGCGCCCCGAGUCGUGCUGGGUCCGGUGGUUCAGGCAGUUCCGGGCGUGUUUCGGCCUUGCUGAACGCGCCUCCGGUUUCGGCCCGCCUCUCACUGCGCAGGAGGGGGUCGCAGACGGCCAAGGAAGCCAGUCCUGAUACCAAAGAAUUCGGGGAGCUCUCGGGCCUGCGGCGCUCUGCGUCUGCUACCAUGGCCAACAAGCUGCGAAGGAGCUCGUCAGCAAAGGAGCUCACAGGAGGCAACAACGGCCUUUUGGCUUCCGACGUGGCCAGGUUGGUGGCUUCUCCCGAGAUUGGUACCUUGAACGAUUUCCUGCCGCAUCCCAUCCCCGAGCCGGAGGUGCUGCGCGAGAGCAGCGCCGAGGCAUCUGCUAGCAACGCGCAUGUGGCAAGCCGUCAGAAGCGCGCUUCGGCAAAAGCCCCGCAGGCCAAGGAGAUGCAACGUUCCUCCAGCGAAGCGAGGAUUCCUGUCUCUCGAGCUAGCUCUCGAGAGGCCGCGAGUCGCGAAGUGAAGCCAAGGCUUCCGCAAACCGCCUCCAACGAGAGGAGCACGGGCAGCCGGAUGCCGGGUCCUCAUAUCAACAGUGAUGGAAAAGGCAGCGAUGCCGUGGAUGGCCUCGAUGCCUUCCGAAGGCUCGAGAGCAACGACUUCCAG